ACACAGAGCAGAAACGACUUGGUUCCCUACGACUUCUCACUACAAUGGCUGCAUGUAAGAAGCAGACUGUGUUCCUUCUGGUCUUUGCACUGCACUUCCUGUUUAUUGGUGGGGCCAAAAUCCUGACAAUCUGCUUCCUGGGUGGGAGUCAUUACCUCCUGAUGGAUGAGAUCUCCGGGACCCUUCAAAACAAUGGGCAUGAAGUGAGAAUGUUCCUGCAGUAUGCAGACCAAAUGCCACCAGGUUACAAGCGGCCAACAAGUCCAUAUCCAGUGACCACUUUUUCCUUAGAUGAGAAAUUUCUUCAAGAAUUUAUGGUUACAUUUAUAAAAAUCCAGAAGGCAUUUCUUCAGGGCAGAAAUGAAAUGUGGACUGUCCUGACAUUAAUGAACACAAUGUCCUACCAGUGCAACUUGACAUUACACCAGUCAGAAAUCAUGAACUUCUUGAGGGGAGAACAUUAUGACAUUGCAGUUGUAGAUGCAUUUGACCCCUGCGCAAUGCUGGUCUGUGAGAAGCUGGGACUCCCAUUUAUUGCUUUCUUCCCUACGUUUAUGGCCAAUGCUCACCGUGUAGGAAUGCCAAGUCCUUUGUCCUACAUUCCAUUGUUCCAGACACAGCUCACCGACCACAUGGAUUUCUUUGGACGUUUAAAGAACACGUUGGUGUUUUUGGCUUCAUUAGUAAUCCAGACAAAGAUGGACUCAUUUUUUGAUGGUGUCAUCGAAGAACAUUUUCCUGCUGAGUCUAGACCAACUAUAGCUGAUCUUCACCUGAAAGCUGAGCUCUGGCUGUACAAUGUAGACUUCACUCUUGAGUUUCCUCGCCCACUUCUGCCUCACGUUCAGUACAUUGGGGGAUUAUUGGCCAAACCUGUAAAACCAAUAUCACAAGAACUGGAAGACUUUAUAUCCGAGUCCGGAGAUGCUGGUUUCAUUGUGGUGACUCUGGGAUCGAUGUUGUCCUCACUCCCUGUAGUGGAAUUCAUGAAGGAGAUGAAUGGUGGAUUUGCCAAGAUUCAGGAGAAGGUGAUCUGGAGGUAUCAGAGGUCAAAUUGGCCACAAGAUGUGGAAAUUUCUCCCAAUGUGAAAAUUAUGGACUGGGUGCCACAGAAUGAUUUACUGGGGCACCCGAAACUGCGUCUUUUUGUGGCACAUGGAGGAAUGAACGGUUUGAUGGAAGCUGUGUAUCAUGGUGUUCCUGUUCUUGGGAUUCCACUCUUUGGGGAUCAGAUAGAAAACAUGGUCAGAGUAAAAGCCAAACAAAUGGGAACUUUUAUUCUACCGGACCAACUUAAGGCUGACAACUUUGCAAGCACCAUUCGACACAUCAUUGAAAAUAAAUGUUACAAGACAUCAGCAAUGAAGUUGCAAGCCAUUAGAAGGUCACAGCCCUUUCCUCCAGACCAGCAAUUACUGAGAUGGGUGGAGCACAUCAUCCAAUCGGGUGGAGGCGGUCAUCUUCAUCCCUAUUCUUACAAACUGCCCUGGUAUCAGUAUUGGCUGCUGGAUGUUAUUCUGUUCCUCUUUGUCAUUCUCACUGUGGCCAUCUACCUCAUUGUGACACUAUUCGGGGCUCUCAUUAGGAAAUGUUGUUCUCCAGGAAAACUAAAGAGGAACUGAAGAAACUUGGCCUUGUAUUAGAACUGAAGAUGAUUUAAUUGUGCUCACAACAUGGAUACCUCAAGUGUCAUUGAAAGUUUGUAACCGCUGAUCAAUAACCUCAGGGACAUUGCUGUGAUCCUAAGACUCAUGAUGGCCAUACAUGGUACGACACAAUUGAAUGAUUGACAUUCGAUUCAACGAAACGUUCAAAAAUUGCAUGGUCAAGCAACGAGCAACAGACAGCGAUGGUUUUAAUCAACCCAAGUCAGUAGGUUGUGGCAGGAAAAAAACAAUCACGCAGGGUCGAUUGAUGGCUUUUUUAAUGUGUCCUUGUAAAUCUCUUGUGAUCAAUCUACAUGUAAGGGUGUAAAAACAAAAAAACACCAUUGAAUGACCCAGUACAAUUGUUUUUUUUCUUACACAACCUUCAUGGGUUGAUCAAAGUCAUCAUUAUCAGUUUUAUUGUACUGUAUAAAGCUUCCAUUAGAUUUUAAAGCAGCAAUAUGCAUAUCAUCCCUCAACCUGCCUCCUGUGGUGGGAUCCUUCCAGGCCAGCCUCCCGAGCUCCAGCCCAAGGUAAAUCCCCCCUGGUAAGGGGUCCCUCAAUGGCCAGCUCCCUCAGCACUGCUUCUCCAUCUUCCACCCGUCUCCCCUGCUGGCAUGGCUUAUGUCUAUUUAAGGUCUUUUUUUCUCCCCUGCCAGGCCAACUCCUGGGGAUUGGCUAAGGCCCCUAAAUAUUCACAGUAGCCUCCACCCACUAUCUUCCAGAACAUUCUCCUACAUUUUAGAAACAGGGGAGGGACCAGAGAGCUGCCAUGAUGAGUCAUCCAGCCCUUGCCUCUAAUAACCCUGACCCAUAUACAUGGCAAAUUAUGUUAUUAAAUAAUAGUUUUUAUUGUAAACAUUUCAAUAAAAAUUACUGAAGAAGAAAAA